AUGGCGCCGGCUCGGUCCUCCGUGCUGCCCACGAGGGCCAUCCGCGCCGCCCUCGAGGACGCCGCAGCCAUCUGCUCUUCCCGCGAGGAUGCGACACCCAUCUGCGCCGCCCGCACAGGUGCGGCAGCCAUCCGCGAGGACGCCGCCUCGACCAUCCGCGUCGCCCUCGAGGACGCUGCUCUAGCCGCUCACGCCGCCUCCGCCGUAGCCAUCCGCGGCCUGCCAUCAAGCCCACCAUCUGCACGCCGGGCAUGA